AUGGCUCUUGCUGCUGCUCCGGCUGUUAGGGCUUGCACCCUACCAGCAGAUUCUGCUCGGCAAACCACGGCUUCUACCAGGUCUGCUGUCAGCACUGGUGCUGCUGCGCCGCUGUCCAGCCGGUUUCUGGGAUCGCGAGUUCCCACAAAGGCUGUUAAGGCCGUGCAGGUGAAGGGGAACUGGAAGGCUGGUGCUGCGCGCGCCACUGCCACUGCCGAUCCGUCAACAUCCACCUAUGUCGUGCCGGAUCUUGAUCGCGCUGACGCGCUGAUGCUGUACGAGGACAUGGUGCUGGGACGUACCUUCGAGGACAUGUGCGCUCAGAUGUAUUACCGCGGGAAGAUGUUUGGCUUCGUUCACCUGUACAACGGUCAAGAGGCCGUCUCUUCCGGUAUCAUCAAAUACUUGCGACAGGACGACUACGUUACCAGCACAUACCGUGACCACGUGCACGCGCUGAGCAAGGGCGUGCCGGCGCGCGAGGUGAUGGCAGAGCUGUACGGCAAGACGACGGGGUGCUGUCGCGGGCAGGGCGGGUCCAUGCACAUGUUCUCCAAGGAGCAGGGCGUGCUCGGUGGCUUCGCCUUCAUCGGCGAGGGCAUCCCCGUCGCUGUCGGUGCAGCGUUCACUGUGAAGUACAACAAGGAGGUGCUCAAGCAAGACGCGGACCAGGUUUCAGUGGCGUUCUUCGGCGACGGCACGUGCAACAACGGCUCCUUCUACGAGUGCCUCAACAUGGCGGCGCUCUGGAAGCUUCCGGUGAUCUUCGUGGUGGAGAACAACCUGUGGGCCAUCGGCAUGAGCCACCUGCGCUCCACGUCGGACCCCGCCAUCUGGAAGAAGGGCCCCGCGUUCGGCAUGCCCGGAGUCCACGUGGACGGCAUGGAUGUGCUCAAGGUGCGCGAGGUGGCACUGGAGGCCAUUGAUCGCGCCAGGCGGGGCGACGGCCCGACGCUGAUUGAGUGCGAGACGUACCGCUUCCGCGGUCACUCCCUGGCCGACCCCGAUGAGCUUCGCUCCCCUGAGGAGAAGGCUAAGUAUGCCGCUCGCGACCCCAUCAUCGCGCUGAAGAAGCACAUCCUGGAGACGGGGCUCGCCACCGAGGCCGACCUCAAGGCAAUUGAGAAGAAGAUUGACGAUGUCGUGGAGGAUGCUGUUGAGUUUGCUGAUGAGAGCCCACUGCCGGAGCGCCACCAGUUGCUGGAGAAUGACGUCGGGGACGACUACGUCGAGCGCGUGGCGGACGAAGAUUACGGCACCGACCCCGGCGCGGAAUCCGCCGGGGCCGUCGGCUUUGGCGACUCCGGGUCUGGCGGAAUGACCCUUCCGCCGGGCUUCCCCGGCGCAGCGGGAGGCGCAACCCCCGGCAACGCGGGGAGCGCGGGCAACGGUCCCGCGACCAGCCCCGGCGCCGGCCCAGCGGAGAACCCGCCGGCGGAUUCCGCCGGAGAGGCGAUAGACGACCUGACCAUCCCCGCCACCCCCGGCACUUCCGCUCCCGACGUGCCCGACGUUCCCGCCGAUUUCCCCGAUACCAGCUCGCCGAUCAGCGCGCUGUUCGACCUGGCGCUAGAGGGGCAAGAUAUGGAGCUCGCGCGCACGCUCCAGCCGCAGCCGCUCCCCGCGGAUGCGCCCGCGGAGGUGAAGAAGUUCGUCGCCGCCAUGGAGGCGGGCGCGGCCGCGGCCGCGGCCGCGGGGGCGAAGGGGACGGACGCGCCGGGGCGCAAGCUCGCGGGCGUGCCUGCGUGGAAGGCCAGCCCGCGGACCAACAACUCGACGCCCUUCGGCUUCUACCCCUAUGACGUCCCCAAGUUCCACCCCCUGUUUGGCAUGUCGGUGAAGGCCAAGAACGGCACCUGGUACACAUACGUCAAUCUGAGGACCCAGUGGCGCGGCACCUUUGACUGGGCCACGGGCUUCUGGACCUGCCGUUUCACGGCGCCUCACCCCAAGAAUGGCUUUAAUUGCAAAGCGGAUGCUACCUGCCCGGGCUGCCCUUAUUGCCGCGGCUGGCGCUGCUUCCGCAACAUGCACCUGCCCACCUACGGCUCCCCCAACGGCCAAACGUACGUGAAUAGCCUCAUGGCUGCUGCUCAACGCCCCAAGGAGUACGGAGUGUGCCGCUACGCCGGCUCUCCCAACGGAACGUGCACGUACGACCGGUCCAAUGGCAGAGGCAUUGGCCUCAUUGUCCCCGGCCUUACACCCUCUGCGCCCAAGAAACCCUAA